AUGGGAAAGGACAAGAGAGGCGUAUUGCGUGGGAAAUGUUUGAAAUGUGAAGAGUGUGAUGAGUACGAAACCACUGUUACUGCCAGUAUUUUGUGUGAGUACUGUGGCCACAGUCCAGUCGAACACGAGCCAAUUUCAAGCGAAGAGGAAACACUGCCAGCAAAAAACCGAGGUUGGAGCCAAUACAAGAAGAGUUAGAAACUGAUUUUUCUUGUGAGGGAGAAGGGCAAACAGAAAGCAUCGUUAACCAACCAGUCUCUGUUUCAACUUCAGCGUCGCUUAACCUCGGGGAUGUUAAACCGAGGUUGGAGCCAAUACAAGAAGAGUUAGAAACUGAUUUGUCUUGUGAGGGAGAAGGGCAAACAGAAAGCAUCGUUAACCAACCAGUCUCUGUUUCAACUUCAGCGUCGCUUAACCUCGAGGAUGUUUCUCCAGCACAAAACACCAGUACAAUGCCGUCAAAGCCGUCCGCUACCAAAAAUCACACUCCUUCAUCACCUCACCAUGAUAUUACUGAAGAACACGUAGAGCUAGUCGAAGUAGUAGACGUGGAUACUGAACUGGAAAGUCAGCAGUUAAAAGUAAAUGAACUUGCAAAGAAGGAACCAGGCGUAGCUUUUAAUAUUAAAAGAAGACAAGGGAAGCUUUUUGCGGAAUGCAAUGUGUGCUCAUCUGAAGUCGCCGUAGGACAAGCGAACCAGGAUCUGAGUUUGUUAAAGUUGCACAUUAUAACCUCUAGGCACAAGUUAAAUGUAGCCAUUAGCCGGUCCAGAAGUUCAGAAAUACCGACAGAAAUUCAAGGUCUUCGGAAUCAGAUUGAAGGCAAAUUUCCCAAAGUCUUUCACUUUCAGGGAGAGGAGGUUUUGUGCCGUUCCUGCAAUACAUCAUUUGCUAUUUCUCAACGAUCCCUUCUCUUCAAUUUGAAACAGCAUGUUGAAGGACGUAGCCAUCAGCAGAAGGCCUCCUGUGUUGGCUCAAUGGCUGACAUUGCGUCAUUUUUCCAUAAAACAGCUCGCACACAAGAUAACAGCAAAUGA